AAGCAGGAGAUAAUCUGAUAUGCAAUACAGAAGAUGACUCGGUGUCAAAUUCAUUACCUUUGCUAAUAAUACUUCUCAUUCUAACUACUAUACCUCUACAGCGAAAUUAAAUGACAGCUAAAAAUAGGUUAGUUCUUUUUCAGCAGGCAUGGAAGGUGUUUAGGCCUCCCGCGCGUUAAAUUCAUAAACAAAAAUGGAUUAACACAUCAUUACACUAGUAAACCGUACCUGAAUUACAACAGCACAAUUUUUAAGUAAAAUGGAUUUUGAACAUCUGGAAGUGGUGUUACUCCACAAGUACCCACAAUAUUUGAAGUCCUGCUGCGAACUGAUCAACAAUGAGUGGCCACGCAGUGAAACAGCAAGAAUCAUGUCUCUCCAAGCCUCUUGCGACGAAUUACCCACCAGUUUAAUUUUAGUAAAUAAAGAAAAACAUCUUUUCGGACAUUGCAAGCUCACAGCUAUACCCAGUAUGCCAAAAAGCUGUUUUGUAGAAACUGUAGUAAUAAGCAGAUCGAUGCGGGGCAAAAAAUUAGGUACCUUUCUAAUGAGAAAAGUUGAGGAUUAUUGUAAAAACGUGCUAAAAUUAGAAAUGAUUCAUUUAUCGACCAAAGGGCAAGAGGAUUUUUACACUAAGUUAGGUUACGUAGUUUGCCCGCCAGUUAGCAUUUAUGGCAGUAGUAUUAGUUAUAGUUAUAACAGUAAAGGAAAGUGUGGUACUCUAACCACGCCAGUGCCAAUACAGAAUAUCGAUAAUAGUGCAGCGCUUAAUGAUAAUAGUGCUGCACCGCCACCCCCCCCGAUGCCGAAACCGCAAAGUAUUAUAAAUACUUUGAAAAGCAACCGAACAUACAUGUUCAAAUAUUUAAUUUGACAUACAAAGCGUUUUUUUAGUCUGUAAUAAAUACAAUUGAAGUACA